UGACUCCAGUGUGAGGGCGGCAGGUUAGGGUAUGAACCCGGGAGCCAAGCCACUCCACUCUACUCCAUAUCCCGGAUCUUUAUUUUGUAAGCUGUUUAUGUAGCUCUGGGUACCCUGUCCUGCAUCUCUGCACCCCAGCAUCUGAGAUGAAAACUGGUAAAAACUGCAGCCAUCGUUGGGUGAGAAGACAUAAAACAACAGGGCAAUUUCCAUACUGCAGCCGCACAAGCUUUGAUGUUGGGGUUUCUCAGCCUAUAACCCGAAAAUGCUGCUCAUUUUGUUCCUGGCAAUGAUUUGUUUCCAUGUUUGUGUGAACCAAGACUCUGGCCCUGAGUAUGCAGAUGUGGUGUUUCUGGUGGACAGCUCUGAUGAGUUGGGGAGUAAGUCCUUCCCAUUUGUGAAAAAUUUCCUCAGCAAGUUGAUCAGCAGCCUCCCCAUAGAGGCCAACAAGUACCGCGUGGCCCUGGCCCAGUACAGCGAUGCUCUCCACAAUGAGUUCCAGCUGGGCACCUUCAAGAACAGGAACCCCAUGCUGAACCACCUGAAGAAGAACUUGGGGUUCAUCGGUGGUACCCUGAAGAUAGGCAAUGCCCUGCAAGAGGCUCACAGGACCUAUUUCUCCGCUCCCACAAAUGGAAGAGACAGGAAACAGUUCCCCCCAAUCCUGGUGGUGCUGGCUUCAGCCGAGUCUGAGGAUGAUGUGGAAGAGGCUUCGAAGGCCCUUCGGGAAGAUGGGGUGAAAAUCAUCUCGGUGGGGGUGCAGAAGGCUUCUGAGGAAAACCUGAAGGCCAUGGCCACAUCCCAGUUCCAUUUCAACCUCAGGACUGCCAGAGACCUCAGUGCGUUUGCCCCAAACAUGACACAGAUCAUCAAGGACGUGACUAAGUACAGGGAAGGAAUGGCUGAUGACAUUAUUGUAGAAGCUUGCCAAGGCCCUUCUGUGGCUGAUGUCGUGUUCCUGUUGGAUAUGGCCAUUAAUGGCAGCCAGGAGAACCUUGACCAUCUGAAAGCAUUUCUGGAAGAAAGUGUCACUGCCCUUGACAUAAAGGAAAAUUGCAUGAGAGUUGGCCUGGUGGCCUACAGCAAUGAGACGAGGGUGAUCAGUUCCCUGAGCAGGGGUGUCAAUAAGACAGAGGUCCUGCAGCAAAUACAGGGCCUGUCUCCCGACGUAGGGCAGGCCUACACUGGGGCUGCCCUCAGAAAGACCAGGAAGGAAGUCUUCAGUGCACAGAGGGGCAGUCGGAAGAACCAGGGGGUGCCUCAGAUUGCUGUACUGGUGACCCACAGAGUUUCAGAGGACAACGUGACCAAGGCUGCUGUCAACCUCCGGCGAGAGGGAGUGACCAUCUUUACCAUGGGCAUCGAGGGGGCCAGUCCAGACCAACUGGCAAAAAUCGCAUCUCACCCCGCAGAACAAUUUGUCUCCAAACUGAGCAACUUCUCUGAGCUGGCCACCCACAACCAGACAUUCCUGAAGAAGCUGCGGAACCAAAUCACACACACAGUCUCUGUCUUCUCAGAACGGACCGAGACCCUCAAAUCUGCCUGUGUGGACACAGAAGAAGCAGAUAUCUAUCUGCUCAUUGAUGGUUCAGGGAACACCCAGCCCACAGACUUCCACGAAAUGAAGACCUUCCUGUCAGAGGUGGUGGGCAUGUUCAACAUUGCUCCCCACAAGGUACGGGUUGGGGCUGUGCAGUACGCUGACACCUGGGACUUGGAGUUCGGGAUCAAUAAAUACACCAACAAGCCUGACUUGGGCAAAGCCAUCGAGAACAUCAGACAGAUGGGCGGGAACACCAACACAGGUGCAGCCCUGAACUUCACACUGAAGCUGCUACAAAAAGCAAAGAAGCAGCGAGGAAGCAAAGUGCCGUGCCACCUUGUUGUUCUGACAAAUGGCAUGUCCCAGGACAGUGUCCUGGAGCCUGCUAACAGGCUGAGAGAGGAAAACAUCCGUGUGUAUGCUAUCGGAGUCAAGGAAGCCAACCAAACGCAGCUGCGGGAGAUUGCGGGAGAGGAAAAGCGAGUUUACUACGUGCAUGAAUUCGAUGCCCUGAGGGACAUAAGGAACCAGGUGGUUCAAGAGAUCUGUGCAGAAGAAGCCUGCAGAGACAUGAAAGCAGACAUCAUGUUUCUGGUGGACAGUUCUGGCAGCAUAGGACCUGAAAACUUCAGCAAGAUGAAGACGUUUAUGAAGAACCUGGUGAGCAAAUCCCAGAUUGGGGCAGACCGGGUGCAAAUUGGCGUGGUCCAGUUCAGCCACGAAAACAGGGAGGAGUUUCAGCUCAACACAUUCAUGUCCCAAAGUGACAUUUCCAACGCCAUCGACCAAAUGUCUCACAUUGGAGAAACAACAUUGACAGGCAGUGCCCUGACGUUUGUGUCCCAGUACUUCAGUCCCGACAAAGGGGCCCGGCCCAAUGUCAGGAAGUUUCUCAUUCUCAUCACAGACGGUGAGGCUCAGGACAUAGUGAGGGAACCAGCGGUUGCACUUAGGAAUGAAGGUGUGAUUAUCUACUCCGUGGGAGUAUUCGGCUCUAAUGUUACCCAGCUCGAGGAGAUCAGUGGGAAACCAGAGAUGGUUUUCUAUGUUGAGAACUUUGACAUUCUGCAGCAUAUUGAAGAUGACCUUGUUCUGGGAAUAUGCAGUCCCCGUGAAGAAUGCAAGAGGAUUGAAGUUUUGGAUGUUGUGUUUGUCAUCGAUAGCUCUGGCAGCAUCGACUAUCAAGAAUAUAACAUUAUGAAGGACUUUAUGAUCGGCCUGGUGAAAAAAGCUGACGUGGGCAAGAAUCAGGUUCGGUUUGGAGCUCUGAAGUAUGCUGAUGACCCAGAAGUGCUGUUUUAUCUGGAUGAGCUAGGCACAAAGUUGGAGGUGAUUUCGGUGCUCCAGAAGGACCAGCCCAUGGGGGGCAAUACUUAUACUGCUGAGGCCCUGGCCUUCUCAGAUCACAUGUUCACCGAAGCCCGGGGCAGUCGUCUACACAAGGGAGUCCCCCAAGUUCUCAUUGUGAUCACCGACGGAGAAUCUCAUGAUGCAGACAAGCUCAACGCCACUGCCAAGGCACUGAGGGACAAAGGCAUUCUCGUCCUGGCCGUGGGGAUUGCUGGUGCCAAUAGCUGGGAGCUGUUAGCCAUGGCAGGGUCAAGUGACAAGUAUUACUUUGUAGAGACGUUUGGAGGCCUGAAGGGGAUAUUUUCAGACGUGUCAGCCAGUGUCUGUAAUUCUUCAAAAGUCGAUUGUGAAAUUGAAAAGGUUGACCUCGUUUUCCUCAUGGAUGGUUCAAACAGCAUCCAUCCGAAUGACUUCCAGAAGAUGAAGGAGUUUCUGGCAUCAGUCGUUCAAGACUUUGAUGUCAGCCUCAACAGAGUGCGCAUAGGAGUGGCACAGUUCAGCGACAGCUAUAGGUCAGAGUUUCUGCUGGGGGCGUUCACAGGGGAGAAGGCGAUCACCACCCAGAUUGAGAGCAUCCAGCAGAUCUUUGGAUACACCCACAUUGGCGAAGCACUCAGGAAGGUGAGGUACUACUUCCAGCCAGACACCGGCAGCAGGAUCAAUGCAGGCACCCCUCAGGUGCUGCUGGUCCUCACGGACGGCCGGUCCCAAGACGAGGUAGCUCAGGCCGCGGAGGAGCUGAGACACAGGGGUGUGGACAUCUACUCAGUGGGCAUCGGGGACGUAGAUGACCAGCAGCUGAUCCAGAUCACAGGGACAGCAGAGAAAAAAUUGACGGUCCAUAACUUUGACGAGCUGAAAAAGGUGAAAAAACGGAUCGUGCGCCACAUCUGUACCUCGGGUGGUGAGAGCAAUUGUUUUGUGGAUGUAGUGGUUGGAUUUGACAUCUCAAGUCAGCAGAGGGGGCAGACUUUGCUCGAAGGUCAGCCCUGGAUGGAGGCCUACCUCCAAGACAUCUUCCGUGCCAUCAGCUCCCUCAAUGGGGUGAGCUGUGAAGUGGGCACAGAGACUCAGGUGAGCAUAGCUUUUCAAGUGACAAACGCUAUGGAAAGAUACCCUUCCAAGUUCGAGAUCUACAGUGAGAACAUACUAAGCAGCUUGCAAGGUGUGACAGUCAAUGGGCCAUCUCGCCUCAACACAAACCUGCUGAAUUCUCUGUGGGAUACUUUUCAGAAUAAGUCCGCUGCUCGAGGGAAGGUGGUCCUUCUAUUUUCAGAUGGAUUGGAUGAUGACAUUGAAAAACUUGAACAGAAAUCGGAUGAACUCAGAAAGGAAGGCCUGAAUGCCCUCAUAACCAUUGCUGUGGAUGGAGCUGCCAAUACCGGCGACCUGGCUGACCUUCUCUACAUUGAAUUUGGGAAAGGAUUUGAGUACCGAACACAGUUCACAAUUGGUAUGAGGAACCUUGGAAGCCAGCUGUCAAAGCAACUAAUCAACGUUGCAGAAAGGACCUGUUGCUGUUUGCUCUGCAAGUGCACAGGAGGGGACGGCACCAUGGGGAAUCCAGGCUCAGCAGGGAAAAAGGGACCCCCAGGUUUUAAAGGCAGUGAUGGCUACCUGGGAGAAGAGGGCAUUGCUGGAGAAAGAGGAGCCUCCGGACCAAUGGGAGAGCAAGGUACUAAGGGAUGCGUUGGCACCAAAGGGCCUAAGGGAACCAGAGGACUCAGUGGAGAAGAGGGAGAAGUCGGGGAAGAUGGGAUUGAUGGAUUAAAUGGAGAACAGGGUGACAGUGGGAUUCCUGGAAGAAGAGGAGAAAAGGGUGAUGAGGGAUCUCAGGGAAGCCCAGGCAAGAGAGGGACUUCUGGUGACCGUGGAGCAAAGGGCCUGCGAGGAGAUCCAGGAAUUCCUGGGAUUGACAAUAACAUACAAGGACCCAAGGGCUUGAAAGGAGACCAUGGAAGACAAGGGAGAAGAGGAUGGCCAGGCCCUCCUGGGACACCAGGCUCAAGAAAAAAGACGGUAGUUCAUGGCCGAAGGGGACAUAUAGGCCCACAGGGAAAUCCAGGCAUCACAGGCCCAGAUGGACUUGAAGGCUCACCGGGACUUAAGGGCCCUCAGGGCCCACGAGGAGAGGCUGGUGAGAAAGGAGAAAAAGGAUUUCUAGGAAUGAAAGGUCCUCAGGGGCCUCCAGGACCCGGAGGAGAAGCGGGGAAUCAAGGCCAUUUGGGAAGCCAAGGAAAUAAAGGAGAACCGGGAGACCUAGGGGGAAAGGGAGCUGCGGGCUUUCCAGGUCCUCGGGGCCUGCAGGGUGACGAUGGCAGCCCAGGAUACGGUAGCAUUGGUCGAAAAGGGACAAAGGGGCAAGAAGGAUUCCCCGGAGAAAGUGGACCAAAGGGUGAAACUGGGGAUCCUGGGGAUCCAGGAGAGGCUGGUCCCAAGGGAGUCAGAGGCAAAACGAUGUCUGCUGGACUUCCAGGAGAGCCAGGAUCCCCCGGGGAGCCAGGACCCCCUGGACGAAAGGGCAUGAAAGGGGCCCAAGGACUGGCUUCAUUUUCAACAUGUGACCUCAUUCAAUAUGUGCGGGAACACAGUCCUGGCGGACAUGAAAAACCUGAGUGCCCAGUACACCCAACUGAGUUGGUGUUUGUCCUGGACCAGUCCCGGGAUGUCACAGGGCAGGACUUUGAGCGGAUGAAGGAGAUGAUGGUGUCUCUAGUUAGGGAUGUCAAGGUCAGGGAGACCAGCUGCCCUGUGGGUGCACGUGUCGCCAUCCUAUCCUACAACUCCCACACCAAGCACCUCAUUCGCUUCUCGGACAUCUACAGGAAGGACCAGCUGCUCAGGGAAAUUGAAGCUCUUCCUUAUGAGAGAUCCUCUGAAAGCAGGGAUAUCGGCAAAGCCAUGAGGUUUAUCUCUAGGAAUGUCUUCAAGAGAACCCUGCCAGGGGCUCAUGUGAGGAAAAUCGCCACAUUUUUCAGCAGCGGUCAGUCGGCCGAUGUCCAGUCCAUCACCACGGCUGCCAUGGAGUUCAGUGCCCUGGACAUUGUGCCAGUGGUGAUUGCGUUCAGCAAUGUACCCUCCAUCAAGCGUGCUUUUUCGAUUGAUGACACUGGCACAUUCCAAGUCAUUGUGGUUCCCUCCGGGACUGACGUGGUGCCAACAUUAGAGAAACUCCAGCGGUGCACUUUCUGCUAUGACUUAUGCAAGCCGGAUGCUUCCUGUGACCAAGCCAAACCACCCCCGAUACAAUCCUACCUGGAUGCAGCAUUCCUGCUGGACAGCUCCCGGCAUGUGGGGAAUGCAGAAUUUGAAGACAUGAGAGACUUUUUGGAGGCACUGCUAGAUCACUUCGAAGUCACUCCAGAGCCAGAGACAUCUGUCACUGGAGAUAGGGUGGCCCUACUGAGCCAUGCUCCCCCCAACUUCUUACCCAACACCCAAAGGAGUCCAGUUAGAACUGAGUUCAACCUAACCACCUAUGGCAGUAAGCGCCUCAUGAAGAGGCACGUGGAACAAGCAGUCCAGCAGCUGAAUGGAGACGCUUUCCUUGGCCAUGCCCUCAGGUGGGCUCUGGACAAUGUCUUUUUAAACACACCUAACCUGAGGAGAAACAAAGUCAUAUUUGUGAUAUCUACUGGGGAAACCAGCCACCUGGAUGGGGACACCUUAAAGAAAGAGUCCCUACGAGCCAAGUGUCAGGGCUAUGCCCUCUUUGUGUUUUCCUUGGGCCCUGACUGGAGUGACAAGGAACUGGAAGACCUGGCCAGCCACCCUGUGGACCAGCAUUUGAUCCAGCUUGGCCGGAUUCACAAACCUGACCAUGGAUACGGUGUGAAGUUUGUGAAGUCCUUUCUAAACUCCGUUAGGCGUGGGAUGAACAAGUACCCACCAGUCAACUUCAAAGCCAAAUGCAACAGACUCAGCCCUACAGAUCUGAAGCGAUCCCCGCGCCAGCAUCUAAGCUUUGUUCCGGGACCACAGAAAGCUAUCCUCAAAGACUACGCACCAGUGGUGGCAAAGCUCUUUCAAGAUAAAAGACGCCUUUCAAGUGCACUGAGAGGUGGCCGAGAUGCUACUUCAAGUCUUUCCAGAAGCACAUUCUAUGCCUUUAAACAUGGGAAAGGAGUGGCAAAAGUCGCUUCUGCACAUGACUAAUGAAGUGAUCCGACAGUUUAGCCUUAGGAAUUUCGCCACGGUCUGACUCUGAUCUUGGAGCCAAAUCCACUCCUGAACUCCUUCACCGGGGUGCACACUAGCAUCUGGAUGGUUGCUCUAAAGGCAAGAACAAGCCCAUGGCUGUAGACGAUCAGGUACCUCGACGCCUCCACUCACAGCACUAGGGUCUAUCUUGUACGUUUACUUGCCGACUUCUGACAGACAAUUCCAGCACUCUGAGAAAGACAGCUAGGAAAUAUUACCACGAGGAGAUGGAAGAAUGAAAGGUAUGUUUUGAAAAGUUAACUGGAGACCUAAUUUUGAAGGUUUUUUUUUUACAGUGGAUGAACAUGGCCAUGGGCCAACGUUAACACUUUUUAUUGCAACCCUCUGCUAUUUUCCAAGUCGCCUUUUAAUUUCCAUCUGUUUAAUCAAGCAUCUUUAAUGUUGUGAGUUCUCAAACAUUUACCCUAGAAAUUGAUGCUGUUCAUACGUCCUGGUUUUGGAAAUCUGACCUUCCUGACUUCCAUCUCAGCACUGUCUUGCUGGACUGGUUGGCCUGGGGCAGGCUUGUGCCUGAAGGUUGCCUCUGACCUUCCAAAGUUGUCUGCUAAGAAGCAGAGUGAUUCUCCAGCUCUUCUUAAACUCGCUGAGCAACUCACCAAUUCUCCAGGAACCUGAGUCAUGCUCCUGGCCUCAAUGCUCUAUACAGAACUUUCUACCAAACCGUCUCAGUGGAUCUCUGCUCUUUUCUACCUUGCUCUGGUCAUUUAGUUUUACCAAUCCAUUUGUUCCUUAAACAAGAAAAGGGACAACACAUGGUGUCACGAUUUGGGCUCUGAGUUCCUUUACCCCACUAAGCUCAGAAUGAAGCUUAAAUGGCACUGAGCUUGAGGGUAUAAGAAAACCCCUGAAAUUUAGGUUGAUCAAGUGUCAGGGACUAACAUCAGGAGGGAGAAUUUGAGUCCAGCCUCUCAAGCAUUCCAUCAUGGCUUUGCCACCUCAAUCCCAUCCAUUCCUUUAUUCUUAGGAUGAGGGUAUUUUCAACAAGUAAACAUCAACGUGGCACUGUGUUGAGGCCUACUAUUUAAACCUUACCUCGGUUCACAGCCAGCUCUCCAGUUAGUAGCGAUGGUGUUGCCAGGCAGAAUGUCAGUCUUCAGAAAGAGCUGUGUCGUUGUGUGGGAAAUAGUCACUGACACCGAAGGCCAGCAGAGUGUGUUCAGAUUUUCUUUUCUAUAUCUCUGCUCAAGAAAUCUGGAAGGAUGAGCCAUAUGCACUAUUUUUUCCUUUAAAACCCUUUGUACACCAUUCCUCGGCAACUGCAUGGAGACAGCUCUCAGAACCUUGUGAGGAGCAAGAAGCCCAGGAGUGACUGUCACUCUGCAUUCAGGUGCACAACAGCUAUGUGUAUCCUAAAGGUGCUUAGAGGCUCAGGAAAACUUUUAUCACAGGAAGUUGCUGAGCAAUACUCAAGAGGUAUUUUAAAAGCAGGACUUUUCCUAUUAACUUUGGUUGAACAGACACUGUUGGAGAUACUUUGAAAAUAUAUUUCUAUGUUGGUAAGUACAUUUUAAAAAAUUGCUGGUGAUUAAAUUUAUUUUAGCAUCUUGGGUCAUAUUUUUAAGCCUUAACAGGUCUGAAGAAUGCGGUAAAUUAUUUUUUGAAAAGUAAGUCCCUGGCAUUAGAGAUGGGUCAGCAGUGAAGACACUGCUCCUUCAGAGAGCAGGAGUUUAGCUCCAAACAUCUAACCAGGUGCCUGGAACUUCAGCUCCAGGGGAUCAGGCACCCUCUCCCAGACUCCUAGGAUACCACACAUGUGCAGACACAUAUAUAAAUUAAAUCCUAGAUUUAUGACUUCUGUCUCCAAAAAGUAGAAAUUGGAAACAAAACAAAAACCAAAAAACUAAGCUGGCUGUAUUUAAGAAAUACAAUAAGCAUUUUUAGUGCAUCUUGGCUUAAAAAUAACAGGCUGCAAUGAAUCUGCCUCUCAUUAUCUCUAAACUAAGCCAUCAGAUGAUAAUAGCACCAAUUCAGGGAAAUAAAUUUCCUUCAAAGAGGGUCAUUUGUGGGGUAGGUGAAUGGAGAAUGAGACCAGGUCUCUGUCAAACAUUCCGCUAUCCAACAGCUCCAUGCGACACUUCCAUACCAAACAACUUCCUGAGCCCCUAUGACUCUUUGGUCUUAGCACACAAGAUGUAUAACUUCCAAAGUCUACAACUCAGUCAACACUGCCAACUUUGACCUUCUGAAACUCUGUUGAAUCCAGGAUUGUUAGGUAACAAGAGGGCGAUGAAAAACGUGCAGUAUAUUUACCUACUCAGCUACUAGUUUCAAACUGGACUAUUCUGAACACCAUAAACCGUUUCUAAGAGAAAAGAAUAAAAUGUAAAGAGAAUUGGGUCUGCACAGGUCAGCUUCCAAAGCUUUACCGUACUGGAAAAGCAAUUAUUGACCUUAUAAAGUUUGAUAUGUUUUUAACUGGAGCAUUCUCUUGUUCUGCCCUAAACAAAGAAAAACUCAAGAUGCUUGAAUAGAUUUAUUUGCAGUUUGAAUAGCAGUUAUAAUAACAAAAGUAUGUUUACAUAAUAGCUUACAUUUUCCAUAUAAAAUUAACUGACAUAAUUCAUCUUCACUUUUUACACUUCUCACCUGUUCCAUGUACAGUGAGAACUCCCAGAUGGUGCUUUCCAGCCAACUGCAGAAAUGCACAUGAAUAAACUUGCCACAUCAUCCUUAA